ACUCGGAAUUUGCGUGGCUAGUUUGUUCCAGUGUGGGGUGAAUCACCCUGCUUUUAUUGCGUGCCCCGUCGGAUUAUCAUGCUUCUUAAGUCUUAAACAUGGGAAUGAAGUCAUAGUACACCUUCACGUAAUGCUUUUUGAUCCUAGUGUGAUACCUCUUAGAGGACUAAAGUAGUCUUAAAUUUAGGUGAAGAUUCCCAUAUAUAUUCACCCUCAAUUUGUGAUUUAGUUAUCCACCUUCUCACAUCUGAUACGAUGGACCUCAAAUCCUUCUCUACCAAUUCUUUGUGCACUUUGGAAUUUGUCCACGUGGGAACAACAAGAACCUAUUCCGCUUUGCUCUCAAAUUUCAGGAGCUUUAGAUUUUCUAGACAAUUCAACUGUUUUGGUGUUUCAGGGUUAUUUCGAAGGAGCUAUGAAGCCUCGAAUAACAUUUACUUGGCUGAUAAAGCUGUCAUCAGUUCAGUUGGACCAUAUAAUCUUGAUGCAGAAACGAGUUUCCAUCAUAUUAAUGGCAUAAAUGGCUCAACUUCUAGCUUGUGUUCCAGAAAUCUGAGAGUACUUGAUGGCUUUGAUGAUGUGUACGAGGGGGUUGUAAUUGAUUCAGACCGGUUACCAGAUAGCCCGUCUACCUUCGCAGCUAUUUUGCGUUUUUCUCUUUCUCAUUGGAAAAACAUGGGGAAGAAGGGGAUUUGGCUUAGAUUGCCUUCAGAGAAGUGUGACCUGGUUCCAAUAGCUAUUAGGGAAGGCUUUGGAUACCACCAUGCUGAGCCAGGAUAUGUAAUGUUAACAUAUUGGAUUCCUGAAGGACCUUGCAUGCUUCCAGCCAAUGCAUCACAUCAAGUAGGAGUUGGGGGAUUCGUCAUCAAUGACAACAAUGAGGUACUUGUAGUCCAAGAGAAAUGCUGUGUUCCUGCAAAUUAUGGUCUUUGGAAGAUACCAACUGGAUUCGUUCUUCAGUCAGAGGAGAUAUAUGCAGGAGCCAUAAGAGAAAUGAAGGAAGAAACUGGGAUUGACACCGAGUUUAUUGAAGUCAUAGCAUUCAGGCAUGCACAUAAUGUGGCAUUCGAGAAAUCAGAUUUGUUCUUCAUCUGCGUGUUAAGACCUCUGUCAGCCGAGAUCAUUGUUGAUGAUCCUGAAAUUGAAGCUGCGAAGUGGAUGCCUCUAGCUGAGUUUGUAGAGCAACCACUUAUCCAAGAAGAUUCCAUGUUCAAGAAAAUCAUAGAUAUCUGCAUUGCUUGUGUUGAGAAGCGUUAUUGUGGCCUAUCUUCUCAUCAAAUGGUUUCCAAAUUUGAUGGCAAGUCAUCUUCCCUAUACUAUAAUGUCAUCGACAUCGACAUGGAACAUAAUAUCAACUGUAUUGGCAGUUAACAGCAACAAGUUCAUACCUGGGAUAAUUAACUACUCCACUGAAUAUACCAAAGUUGUUAAGUGAGUCAUAAGUGAUGUAACCGAAAUUUUAUUCCCAACCUACAUGAUGUCUUUAAGAGCAACGUUCGAAUUGAGCGUGAUGUGUAACUGUCACACUUGUUCAGUUGUUCCCCGUUUACUGAUGACCCUUGCAUCACGCCUUUGUCAGUGGAAAUUGUUAUUGUGUUCGACUUGAUUGCUAAUCCAUGUGUAAAGAAUGAAAGAAAGAAAGAAAUUGUCUGAACAAAAUUCUAAUUGAAACAAAUGUUAUUUUUAUUUAUGAAUGUAUGUCGUGAAAGAUACAUAACUUAUGUGUCAUUAUUUGAUUAGACAACUUCAUGAAUAAGAUAUAGAAACUUGCCGGAAGAGAAUUAAUUUAAG